GGCGCCCCGGCGGCCGACGUCCCGCCGCCCUGCCCACCGCCGAGCUCGGGCAGGCCCCCCCAAAAUGGCGAGUGAGGCGGCGGGGACGCGCUGAGCGACGGAGGCGAGCGUGCCCAGCCGCUGCGGCCCGCACAGUGUGGAGCCCGGCCGGGCCCCGGCGCAGGGAACAUGCACUUUUCCAUUCCUGAAACCGAGUCCCGCAGCGGGGACAGCGGCGGCUCCGCCUACGUGGCCUACAACAUUCACGUAAACGGAGUCCUGCACUGCCGGGUGCGCUACAGCCAGCUCCUGGGGCUGCACGAGCAGCUUCGGAAGGAGUAUGGGGCCAAUGUGCUUCCUGCAUUUCCCCCCAAGAAGCUUUUCUCUCUGACACCUGCUGAGGUAGAACAGAGGAGAGAGCAGUUAGAGAAGUACAUGCAAGCUGUUCGACAAGAUCCAUUGCUCGGAAGCAGUGAGACCUUCAAUAGCUUCCUACGUCGCGCACAGCAGGAGACACAGCAGGUCCCCACCGAGGAGGUCUCCUUGGAAGUGCUGCUCAGCAACGGGCAGAAAGUUCUGGUCAAUGUGCUCACUUCGGAUCAAACAGAGGAUGUCCUGGAGGCUGUGGCUGCAAAGCUGGAUCUUCCGGAUGACCUGAUUGGCUACUUCAGUCUUUUCCUCGUUCGAGAGAAAGAGGACGGGGCCUUUUCUUUUGUACGCAAGUUGCAAGAGUUUGAGCUGCCUUAUGUGUCUGUCACCAGUCUACGGAGUCAAGAGUAUAAGAUUGUGCUAAGAAAGAGUUAUUGGGACUCUGCCUAUGAUGAUGACGUCAUGGAAAAUCGGGUUGGCCUGAACCUGCUGUACGCUCAGACAGUGUCAGACAUCGAGCGUGGAUGGAUUCUGGUCACUAAGGAACAGCACCGACAGCUCAAAUCUCUGCAAGAGAAGGUCUCCAAGAAGGAGUUCCUGCGGCUGGCGCAGACGCUGCGACACUACGGCUACUUGCGCUUCGAUGCCUGCGUGGCAGACUUCCCGGAAAAGGACUGUCCCGUGGUGGUGAGCGCGGGCAACAGCGAGCUCAGCCUGCAGCUCCGCCUGCCCGGCCAGCAGCUCCGCGAAGGCUCCUUCCGGGUCACCCGCAUGCGGUGCUGGCGGGUCACCUCUUCUGUGCCACUGCCCAGCGGGGGCACGAGCAGCCCAGGCCGGGGCCGGGGCGAGGUGCGCCUGGAACUGGCUUUCGAAUACCUCAUGAGCAAGGACCGGCUCCAGUGGGUCACCAUCACCAGCCCCCAGGCCAUCAUGAUGAGCAUCUGCUUGCAGUCCAUGGUAGACGAGCUGAUGGUGAAGAAGUCCGGAGGCAGUAUCCGGAAGAUGCUGCGCCGGCGGUUGGGGGGCACCCUGAGACGCUCUGACAGCCAGCAGGCAGUCAAGUCCCCGCCGCUGCUGGAGUCCCCAGACGCCAGCCGUGAAUCUGUGGUCAAACUCUCCAGCAAGCUGAGUGCCGUGAGCUUGCGGGGGAUCAGCAGUCCCAGCACCGAUGGCGGGGACGUUCACGGCAACUUCGCCUUCGAGGGCAUUGGAGAUGAGGACCUGUAGUCUCCGGUGGCCACCGUCACCCUCCACCCCGGAGCAGUGUUGAAACCUGCCCUGUGCCUGUCUUCCCCGAGCUGGGGAGUCUUUUCCUUCCUGCUUUCCUGGUUUUCUUUUUCUUCCCGGCCAGGAGCCUUCCUCACCCACCAUUCCCACGUCACGCCCCCCCUCCCCCCCAAAAAAAAUCUCGAGGCUGGCUGCACAAAGGAUUAAUCCCCCUUUUUUCAGAGCUGGGCCUCAAUGCCAAGUUAGCAUUUAGUAAUUUUGCACAAAGUCCAAGGGACCAUCGCUCCCUGCCUGGGGAGGAGCCACAGCCCCCUCAGGCUGCUUCCGGCUUCCGGGGGCCCCGGGCCGAGGGGAUGGGGCAGAGGUCCGUGCUGGGUCUGGCCCAGCUCCCCGUCAUUAAACAGCCUGAUUGCUGCCUA